AUGCAUUUAAAAACUCAUUUUUUUUCGCGUAAUAAUGUAAAAAUAUUUGAUAAUUAUUUUGUGAAUAAAUUAUUUUAUUCACCAUCCUUAGCUUUUUUUAAAAAUGUGAAGUACCUUAACAAAUUAAACAAUGUGAACCAUAUUUUUUCGCCGAAAAAGUGUAAUACGCAUCUCAUAGAAAAAAAAUAUGCUUCACAGCAAGUAAUAAUUGACACAAUCAGAAAAGCAAAAAAUAAAUUAGAUCGUGGUUCUCUGUAUUUACUGCAAGAAUUAAUCAAUAAUAAUUGUAAAUCUUUAAAUAAAGAAAGGAAAGCGAAAAUUCAAAAAAUAAUUGAUGAGUUAAAUGUUUUGCUAACUGAUAAAACGCGUUUGACGGAAGAAAAAAUAAAAAUAUUAACCGAAAAAAGUUCAAAAAAGUAUAAAAAUAAAGAAAUUCUCGGUUUAUUUUUAACGGGUUUUUUUUUUGCUAUUGGCUCUGUUACCCAUUCUGCUUUAUAUUUGGUGAGCGUAUACGGUCUUUACGUGCUACAUAAAGCUUCUAAGGAAAACAAUACUAGGCUAUAUACUGAAAGAAAAUUAAGUGAUAAUAAAAAUAGAUUAUUAAUUAAUAGAAAAAACAUUGAUAAUCUUUUAACGAUUAUGGAACAGGAUUUCGUAGAAACAAAGUAA